CUAGUCUACCUACAAAUUUAUUUAUUUCAAUAUUCUUGCAGUGAUGGACCAAACCCACGUACGCUUUGGUCCUUGAUCAACAGAUCAACCGUGUAUUUGAAUACACCAAAUCAGCCUUGACCAACCGAUCAUCUAGCUAUAAGAUAAGAUAAAUCUUCUUCCUUGAACCUCUCACGCACACACACAAAACUGUAGCAGAAGCAGCUAUGGAGGAGGAGGCUAUAGUUCUGUACCCAACACCAGCAAUAGGCCACCUGAUCUCCAUGGUAGAGCUUGCCAAACUAAUACUCACCCACCAGCCUUCACUCACCGUACACAUACUCAUUGCCCCGCAACCUUACAACGCUGGUUCCACCGCUCCGUACAUAUCCGCCGUCUCUUCUACCACCCCCUCCAUCACCUUUCACAAUCUCCCCAACGUUACUCUCCCUCCCACCUCCUCUCCCAACCAUGAAACGCUUACCUUUGAGCUCCUCCGCCUCAACAACCCAAAUCUCCACCAAUCUCUCCUGUCCAUCUCCAAAAGCUACACCGUCCGCGCGCUCAUCAUGGACUUCUUCUGCUCUCAUGCUAUCUCCGUUGCAGCCAACCUCAGCAUUCCUGGCUACUACUUUUUCACUUCCGGUGGCGGCAGUCUCGCUUAUUUCCUGUAUCUCCCCACCAUGCACAGAAGCUCAACAAAAAGCUUUAAAGACCUUAAAACCCUUCUUGACAUUCCUGGCAUACCCCCCAUACUAUCCUCGGAUUCACCGAAACCGGUACUUGACCGUAACGAUGACGCCUACAAAUGCUUUCUCGACUGCUCGUUUAGCUUUGCCAAAUCGGCAGGAAUAAUCGUCAACACUUUCGAAUCGCUGGAGCCAAGAGUUAUCAAAGCAAUAUCAGAUGGGCUAUGCGUACCAGACGGUCCAACGCCGCCUAUUUUCUGCAUAGGACCACUCAUAGCUACUAGUAACGAAAGAGAUGAGGCCGCGCCGGAGAGCUUAAGGUGGCUCGACUUGCAGCCCAGCCGAAGCGUAGUGUUUUUAUGUUUUGGAAGCUUAGGGUUGUUCUCGAUGGAACAGUUGAAGGAGAUAUCAGUAGGGUUAGAAAGGAGUGGCUUAAGGUUCUUGUGGGUGGUGCGCAAUCCGCUGACUCAGGAGCAUAGCUUGGCCGUCACGGCACAACCUGAGCCGGACUUGGAUCUGUUGCUUCCGGAGGGUUUCUUGGAACGGACAAAAGAGAGAGGCCUGGUAGUGAAGUCUUGGGCUCCACAGGUGGCCGUGUUGAACCACGAAUCGGUCGGUGGGUUUGUGACACAUUGCGGGUGGAACUCGGUGCUGGAAGCGUUGCGUGCGGGGGUGCCGAUGGUGGCUUGGCCGCUCUAUGCUGAGCAAAGGUUGAAUAGGGUGGUGUUGGUUGAAGAGAUAAGAAUUGCUUUGCCAAUGAAGGAGUCGGAGAAUGGGUUUGUGAAUGCGGCCGAGGUGGAGAAGCGAGUUAGAGAGUUGAUGGAGUCGGAAGAAGGUAAGUCGAUCAGGGAGAGAAUCGUGUGGAUGAAAAAUGAAGCCAAGGCUGCUCUCAGUGAUCAGAGUGGAUCGUCUCGGAUGGCAUUAGCCAAACUCUGUCAGUCGUGGAAGCAGUGUUAAUGGAUUGUAUUUGUUUUAGAGCCAACGGUACCGUACAUAGGUGUACGUUUGAUAUAACAAGCAGUCUUGUUAACAAGUAGU